AGCCUACACAACACCUCUCGACAUCAAAUACCCCAUCCAAUCCUCAAGAUGUUCAAGAAAGACAUAUCCCCCGGCUCAAAAUCCAAAGUAAAAUCCUCCGUCCAACGCGCAAUCCGCACUCAACUCGUACAAACAUACCCCCUCCUCGCCCCGCACAUCGACGAAAUAAUACCCAAGAAAGAGCAAUUAGAUGCCAUGAAGAUCCCAGAACGAGUAACACUCUACCUCAUCGGCCUAACCCCUCUCUUCUACCAACACAUGACCGACGCCCUACUCCCACACCUCAAACUCGUACAUCGAUUCCCGACCUGUUUCCCCUCUCUCCGCAUCGACCGCGGCGCGAUCCGGUUCGUGCUCUCGGGCGCGACGCUCAUGGCGCCGGGUCUCACGUCUACGGGUGGACGGCUACCGACGGGAGCUGAUACCGAGAAAGGAGGGUACGGAGAGCUGGGCGGGAAGGGAGAGGAGGGAAAAUUGUAUUGGGAUGGAGAGGGGGAGAGGGAGGGCGAGGGCUGGUAUGGAGGCAGGGAGUUGGAGAAGGGGGAGCCGGUUGUGGUGUGUGCGGAGGGGAAGUUGGAGGCGUGUGCGGUGGGGUUGUUGAGUAUGGGGACGAAGGAGUGUAAGGAGAAGGGGAAGGGGCCGGUUGUGGAGGAGGGGCAUUAUUUGGGGGAUGGGUUGUGGAGGUUGGUUACUGAGUAG